AAACAAAAAUUUAAACCCAAUAAAUUCCGGCAGGACACCGAACAGCCCUGAUGCGGAAAAGGGGUCCUAGUGGCGUCCCCGCGUUGCGUAGGAACCGAUUCAACUCACCGAAGCGAUCACUGGAAAAGCUGGGGGGAAUAGCGGCUAGUAUAUCACCAAUUCAACAUUCACUUUAUAUCCUGGCAUUUUUAUUAACCGAACUUCGAGUUUAAAGGCAAGAAACGCGCGUACAAGUUAGGGCAACCUUAAGCUGCCCAUCAUGUCGUACGAGCUGGAGUUAAACCGGCUAGCUAAUCGUUAUUGCUAGCUAAAAUCGUAAGUACAGGGUACGGUGAAACAUCGGACUUUCGUUGCCAUCAAAUCUUGACGUUUCAAUCCAUGUGCAUAUAUAUGGGGUAUAUCUGAUAUACAAAUCCGCGAGGUAGUUGUACGUUUAAAAGUUUAGUCAAAACAUCCCUAAUCGCAUCAUUGAGUGACGACGCAGCAGCGGGAGUCUCUCCAUCCCGAGGGAGAGGGAUGGCUGGCGAUGAUGGGGGGAGCCUCUUUGACUUUGACCAGGCGACAUACGACGCAGACGAAAAAGUCAAGAUCAUCUGCUUGGGAGACAGCGCUGUCGGAAAAUCCAAGUGAGCACAUUCGGGGAGCCCCUGCUUACGCUACUGCGUUGCUUCUCCCCGGCGACCGGCAGUCAGCGCAGGUUAAUGGAGAGAUUCCUCAUGGACGGAUAUCGACCCCAGCAGCUGUCCACAUAUGCUCUGACACUCUACAAGUACUCCACCACAAUCGAUGGGAAGACAGUACUAGUAGAUUUUUGGGACACGGCGGGACAGGAGCGCUUUCAGAGCAUGCACCCAUCCUAUUACCACAAGGCCCAUGCAUGUAUCAUGGUGUUUGACGUUCAGAGGAAGAUCACAUAUAAAAACCUUACGAACUGGUAUAGAGAGCUUAGGGAAUACCGGCCAGAGAUUCCCUGUAUAGUGGUCGCAAACAAAAUCGACGCUGAUAUGAAGGUAACUCAGAGAAACUUCAAUUUUGCGAAGAAGCAGGGUCUACCUCUAUAUUAUGUUUCCGCUGCUGAUGGAACCAACGUUGUGAAGCUGUUCAAGGAUGCCAUCAAACUGGCCAUGUCCUACAAACAGAACUCCAGUGAUUUCAUGGACGAGGUUCUGCAGGAAUUAGAGAAUUUUGAACUAGAGAAAAAGGAAGGUACCUCAGAUAAGGAGGAUGAUCUUCUCCAGGAGAUGGACCAACAGCUUGCUUGAGGUUCCCUCAUCUGGAUGCUCCUGGGCGGCCUCUUGGAGAAACACGGGAGCUGUUUAUCGCACAUCUGUCCAUCCGUACUUCCAUCCGUUCAUCUCCACAGUGCUGUGGUAGCCAUUAUGUUGUACGCUAAUAUGCCCUAGCUGGUUGCUAAUUCGUCCACAGGAGCUGUCUGUCCUCCGGAGACUUUCUGGACAUGCACACUGAGUAUUUAUUAGGUCAGACACACAAGGUGAGGGGCUCAAAAGGAAUAUGGGUCACAACACAGGUCACAACAUAUGUGCAAGGCCAAAUAAGGAUGUGCCACUUUCUGGCCUGUUUCUCUUUAUCUGUAACAGACAAAUAAUGCAUCACGAAGCCAGCCCAAACACUGAAGAAUAAUCUAUUAUAGGUAGUGUAGGUUCUGUGUUUUCAGAAGCCGUGCGGAGACCUUGGGUACUGGGUAGAGGAAUGUGCUGUAAUGAAGUCUCCAAUAGAGUUGGACUAGAUGCACCGCACUUCAAUGUUUUCAAGAGAUUUCUAUUUAAGAUCACAGGCGUGUUUGUAUCUGAUGUGUAUCAGGCUGCACAUCAUGCUGCGUGACUUCUGUGAUAUUGUCAGUCAUCAUACCCAAAGAUUCGUAUGACUAGCGAAUGUAACAGGGAGUAAAAAGGUCACAUUAGGGGGCGUCUUGAGCUUCAGAAAGAGUCUGUCUGUUACCAUUUUGUCUACUGUGAAACAGAACUAUUUUGGUUCGAACUUGGUUAUCCUGUCAUUUGUUUUUGAAAUUUGCACAAACGUGUAUAGUUGUGUAAGUACCUGAAUGUUAUUACAGGUCAGGAUCUUGUUAUCUUUCUACACUUGUGAUAAAACAAUAAAAUGUGUCAACUGUUUAAUCGUG